AUGGACGUGGAAAGCUGCGUCGAACUGCCUGACGGACAUCUCGUGAAUCUCUCCCCACGACCUCAAAGUAAAACCAAGUAUCAAGCAUACCGCGCUCAUUAUACGGCAUCUGAAGCGUCCACGAACUCGCCAGCACGCAAUUGUCAUCUUGUACCACCUACGGAGCUAGAAGAUCGCCGAUUAUCAGACGACAUCAUGUUCCAAAACGCCAAAACGACCAAGCUUCCAGUUCCAAAAUCAGUCUCUGACAGGGCUAGGGAUCAGCGGAAUCAAACUCCCAGCCCGACUGGAAUUCCUAAACUGUCUUCUGUUGGGUUUUCAUCUGGAGGAUCUGCGGGUCCCUCUGGGGAGCGAGAUCCAUACUGGAGGAAGAUACGUGACCGAUUCGAGAAGGAGUCACCUCUUUCACAGCGAGCCUCUUAUGUCCGAUCAAGGGAGAGUGAUAGGGCCCGAUCUAAGGAAGCGGCGGAGUCCUGGCAACACGAAAAAUAUCCCGCCAGAACUUCAGCGGGUGAUAAACCGGCGAGCCGAUCUCAAACUGCCAUUCCAAGCCCGAAUACCAAUAAUGCUAAGAUAACACCAAGUGUGCGACAUAAUCUUGCUCGCGACUCCGAGCCCCAGAAGAAGUGGCGAGUUGAGGGAGCUCAAUGGAUUAGUCCCAACUCCCGCGACAAGUCAGAUUUGACAGAUACGACCUCUGAUUCGAGUCCACACUCCAACCAGUCCAUCUCGCCAGUUUCUGCAGAUGACUCAAUGACAGACUGUGACUGGGAGGAUCGAUUUGUGGUCCACAUGCCUUCGGCCAAAGAUCCCAAUCCGCCUACCAUGACUGAGGAUCAGAUUGCUGAGUACCAACGAAGUAUUGAGAAAAAGCGUCGUUAUGGACGUGGAAUUCUCGAUUCAAAUACCAGGCCAAGUCCAAGAAGUUCUUUUGGUGAUGAGAGACGGGAUUCAUCAACGCACCGAGAGAAGCGAAGAGUAUCUGAUCAAUCCAAAAUCAACGAGAUUCGUGAAUCAGAACCACAGCAGACUAGACAGCAAGAAACCGACCGGUCCGCGAGUCAAACUUUGCAGGUACCUGGCUCUCAAGCACAGGGUCACUAUUACAGCCCAGAUGAAGUUGGCAAAAACCGUAUCAGCACCAUAUGGGAAGAAUCGCCCUCGAAAACCAAAGAGAAAAGGCUGUCACACACUGCCGACGGUUCUUUUUUAGGAUGCAAGGAGAUCAACGGUCCCAAAACGAGAAACCCAGACGAAAUUCUUCUCUUUGCGUCAGGAGAGGAUUCGACGACACUUCACCCUCGACCACUUGCGGUCGGAGCGAAGAAGAGGCUAAAGGAGAAAGCCUAUCGGGCGACCCGGAAGUCGGAGGAGGUCCUGAUCGUGCAAGAGGAAUGGCCACAAAUUUCUCAGAAUUCGAAGCAUGCCCAAUGCUUGAAGCCGUCGUCAGCGACAAUGUGCCAAGAAUCGACCUGCCGGGAGCAGGAGGUGACAACACCGGACUCCCAAGGCUCGAGCAAAGAGAACUCACGUCCCAGAGCAAGCAUGGAGAACUUACCAGGCAGGCUAGAAGACGGACGCAGCGAAGACGAUGUGUUCAUUAUCACACCCACUAUCACGCGUACUAUGAUUCCCACCGCGACACCAGAAAAAAAGGAAAAGGCAGAAAAAAAAGUCUCUGUUUUCAAAGUUCAAGGUCUUCGCCGUCCUGGUGGAACUGGUCAGUCUGGGACCGGAGAGGCAGUGAAGGCCGUUCGGGCAAAGGCUCAGGUCAUCUCUACACCUUUGGGGCUGCGACCCGCGACAGGUCCCGCGCAGCCCAAAUCAAGAGUGCUGUCACUCACAUCUUCCAAGGGAAGUUCUCCAAAAAGCAAACAAACGACGAAAGAGAAAGCCACACAAGAGGAAGAGCCGAAAGACAACAUCCAGAAGUCCAAGGAGACCGCCACCCCGGAAAAAGGAAAGUCAACUCCAGAGAAGGCAAAAGAGAAAGCCGAAAAGUCGACCAAUUCCAUACGUGGGUUCAUCCGUACCUCCGGUCUAGCAAGGUCUACAGGACUCGUUAGAUCGCCCACUGGGAGUUUGGCCACAAUCCUGCGCAAUGGAACCGAAUCAUUACGCAACCGGGCUGAGUCCUUUCGCAACGGCUCCGGCUCUCUUGUAAACCGCAAAGACUCGAGCUCUCCCGUUUCGCAAAUUUCUCCGCCAUCCAGAGAUAAUUCUGAGUCUUCAAGGUCCGACAGAUCUUUCCGGUCAGCGAAGGAGUCCCCGCCUUCAUCUACCAAACCUUCUCCUGUCAAAAAAGAGACACGAACUGCGAGAGUAUCUCUUGAGAAACCUCCCCCUCGAGAGAAGUCCCCUGCAGUGGAACCACAACCCCCGCCCAAGAAGCCUACGCCGCCACCACCACCAGAGAAGCGCACAACUGAGAAGCCAGCGUCUUCCGAUAAGUUCUCUCAGGCUGAACGGCUUGCUCGAGCAGAGAGACUAGAAAGAUUCAAGGAGCAAGCUCGAGCUCGAAGAGCUAUGAAAGUUGUGGAAAUCGCUGAAUUGGAUGGACAACAAGUAUCUGGGUCCAAAGAUAAUCUCCAAGCCAACAUCACAGACGUUCGCGAUGACCUGGGGGAACUUGAUCCCGUCGACACCGUCGACAAGGACGAUGAACCCUGCAAAGAAACUUCCAACAGUGUUGCUCUCUCUUUGAUCUUCGAGAUUGUCCUCAUGGCCAUAACCAAUAUGCACAGAUUUGGCCUUGAAACGACAGACAGUCCCUACGUCAAAUUCAUGAUAGUCAACGUCUUGAACAUGGUUCGUCAUUGCUACCAUGUUUUCAGUACCAUAUACCAGACGGUGACUGUCUAUCAAAAUACCGGUACCUGGCCCAAAGCCAGGAAUGAUCAGGCGAUCAGUCGUUUCUUGGUGGAACUCCUUCAAGCUGCGGUUUAUCUGAUUAUUCUCGGAUUCGGGUGUCUGGUUCUCAGUCGCGCUGCUGGAUACAUCCUUCUUGUUGGAAGCUGGAUACUGUGGUUUGCUAAACCAUUUGCCUGGGGAAUCCAAUCCCUUACCCGUGCCCUUAUAACAUGA